AUGAAAGUAAAAUUCAUUACUGGCAAACACAGUGACAGGACACCCCAGAGGCCCGAGCCACAAAGAAUUUCCAGAGCCCUGUGGCUAACUCCAUGGCUUAGUUUGAUCUUGAAGUCAUUGUCUUGGAUAAUCCUCUCAAAACUGUUCCUACACUUAAGAGUCAGUCGGCACGUGACUGAGCUGCCCCCUCGGGUCCUUUCACACCGACCUGUCAGAGUGGACUUCCAGGGAACACAGAUAUGUCAAAUCAUCCAACAGAUGCCCCUUUCAAAUGAGUUGGAGCAGAACCAACAGAUGGAAGUCAUAAACAAGGAAACAUUGGAUGAGCUUCAGAAAAUUGACUCUUGCCCCAGUUGGAGCUCACGCUUCCUGACAGGAGAUAUACGGGGACAUUUUAAAGUCCAGGCUCAUCAUUUCAACGAAGUAGGCUUCAAUUUCAUAGCUCCAAGGAGUAACAAAUUUUAA